ACGAUUCAACGACGUGAAAUAUUGACAACUUCUGUAAUUCAUUUUACGAUCAUGGGAUUGGUUUCGGUCUUACUUGUUUUCCUCUUCGCCGGCCUCUGCUGUGCAAGUAUGGCCGCACUCUUCCCUGAUCCGAAGGAUUUUUUCGCUGAUAGAAUCCAUGGGAAUCUGACGAAAAUCACGUGGGCGCACAAAGUCACCAGUAGAGAAGAACUUGCCGCUGUCCUCAAUAAUCGAAAAAUAAUGAUGUUGGAAACUGAUGUUUCACUGGGCCAAGUGUAUGGCAACCCCGACGAAACCGUCCCAAUUAUGGCACAUCCACCAGCCACCACAAGUGAUUUAUCAUUGGCAGAUUUUUUGGACCAAACUCUAGAAACUCCCACCAGCGGUAUCAAAUUGGACUUCAAAACCAUUGAGGCAUUCAAAGCGAGUCUUCCAAUUCUGAAAGAGUAUCGUGAAAAAAUGGUGGUACCGGUGAUGCUCAAUGCUGAUAUUCUACCGGGACCAUUUUCGGAAGACGAUAAACCAGUAGAUGCAGAUGAAUUUCUGCAGGAGGCCAAGGAAAACUUUCCGGAGAGCACACUCUCAGUCGGAUGGACAACAAAGUAUGGAAUCACCUCACUGCAGUUCACAGGGAGUUACACGGAAGAACACAUCCAAAACAUGAUAGAUACAUUAGAAAGAAACAAGAUCACUCAGCCGAUCACGUACCCCGUGAGAGCAGCUCUGGCAGCGGAUGAUAUAGCCGUUAUAAAAGACCUCAUGAAGAGAACUAAGGAUUAUCAACCAACUCUCACGAUUUGGUCGCCAAUCGGGGACUUGGUGGACCGUGAGGAGUUAUCAAAAUUGAUCAAAGACAUUGGGGUUGACAAAACUUAUGUGGAUGUGCCGAAAAUCAUCAGGAGGGGUUUGACACUCGGUUCCCCUCCAUCACGAUUCUCAUUCUUGAAUACAUUUAUAUCGUUCUUCAAUGGCAUUGCUGGGAUACUUCCGUUCUAAUUUCACCUGAAAUUUGAAUUUUAUAAUUUUCAAUAUUUUUGAGCGCAUUUUUUUGUGCAUUCGAUAUGACGUUCCGCACAAUCAACU